AUGCCUCCUCUAUCUGGUUUCUCGGAUAACCCGCUCCAAACACGAGACGAUUUGGCAACUGCCGCUCUCGCCUUGUUGCGACCUUUAACAACUCAUUUCUCACCCUCUUUUGCGCGUAUCCGCCUUCCGGUGUCCACCGGCGUUCAUUUUGACGAAGGCGCUGCACAGCUUGAAGGCUUCGUCCGGCCGCUGUGGGCGGUAGCAUCUCUUCUACAAUUCCAGUCCACUCUGGAAAAAAACAAUGCAUCCGGUGGGAAUCUCAGCGAAGCCAUUGAGGAAGUAGUAACACCAUGGAUCGAAGGCUUUAUUGCGGGGACAGACCCCGAGCAUCCCGAAUAUUGGGGCUCAAUCGGAGAGCGCGAACACCAGCGCAUGGUUGAGGCCGAGGUCAUCAGCUUCGCACUUUUGUCCGCACCAGAGAGACUUUUCCACAGUCGCGACGAGAAGACACGGAGAAAUAUCACGUCGUGGCUCCGUGGAAUCAACGGGAUGCCAAUGCCAGACAACAACUGGCGGUGGUUUCGGGUGUUCGUAAACCUGGCGUUAAUCAAAGUCUGUGGUGUGGCCGCGGCUGAGGUCAUCGAUGAAAUGAAUGCUGAUUUGGAUCUUCUUGAUUCUUUCUAUCUCUCCGACGGCUGGAGUGGUGAUGGCCCAUGGCUCACUACGCAGGAAGAAGAGGAGGAAGCCGCGGAGUUUGAGCGAACGCGGCGGAGAGAUACAGUUGGAAAGGGACGACAGGUGGAUUAUUACUCUGGGAGCUUUGCUAUACAGUUCAGUCAACUGUUAUAUGUGAAGUUCGCCGAGGAUCUGAACCCGGAGAGAGCAGAAAGAUACCGUCAACAAGCUCGGGAAUUUGGAGCUUCUUUUUGGCAAUAUUUUGACUCUGACGGCUCUGCUAUACCAUUUGGCCGAUCACUCACGUACAGAUUUUCCUGUGGUGCCUUCUUUGCGGCACUCGCAGUCUCUCCUGUACCCAAUAUGCCUUUCCCAUUGUCAACACCGGGGCGAGUGAAAGGUUUCCUAUUGCGACAUUUGCGGUGGUGGGCGUCUCGCUCGGAUGACAUUUUUCAUUCCGAUGGAACUCUGAAUAUCGGAUGGCUUUACCCGAACAUGUAUAUGUGCGAGGAUUACAACUCACCGCAAUCUCCUUAUUGGUGUCUCAAGACUUUAAUUGCGGUUUCACUGGCACAAGACGACGAGUUUUGGUCUACCGAGGAAGAAUUAUAUCCAUCUUUCUUCAAGGCGCAGCUUGUCCCUGCUCCUCGGCAAAUACUCAGCAAUCAUCCGGCAGGGAAUCACCAUUUCUGUCUAUCACCAGCACAGUUUGUUGCCUGGCCAAUGAAGGCAACCCAAGCCAAGUACUCCAAAUUUGAAUACUCGUCUACUUUUGCAUUCUCAGUGCCAACUGGGCCCCUGAUCCAGCAGAUAGCACCCGAUUGCACCCUUGCACUUAGCAGAGACGGUGCAGAAACCUGGGCUGUGAAAUGGAAAUGCUCAGAGCCUAUUUUCACAGAAGUCACUGUGAGUACUAAGGCAGGAAAAUCCCCAGUCCUUGCCACAACGGUCAAAUGGUAUCCCUGGGGGGACAAAGGUAUAGAGGUUUCCACAACUCUCAUUCCACCAACAAACAUAUGGCCGGAUUGGCAUGUCCGUAUCCAUCGGGUUCGAGUAAAUAGUGCACUCCACAGUUUGCACACCGUUGAGGGCGGGUUUGCCGUGCCGGGUCGAUGCUCUCGGGAUGGGUCAACACUCCCCGAGAUCAGCGCGUUGAGUGGGGAUAUGAAAAUCGGGACCAAUGAAGGUGUUGUACAAGAGACAUCUGAUUCAAUUUUAAUGUUGUCGAAAGCAGGCGCUAGCGGUCUUGCGUCUCAGCAUGGGACUGACACUGGGAAAUAUUCAACGAAAGCUCAGGCGCUCAAGCCGGACGCGAACACAAACCUAGCGUAUCAGAGGACUCUGAUUCCUGUGAUAGCUCGUGACGUCGAGCGGGAUAUACAAGCGGGUGAAGAAUUCGUGUUCAUCACACGAGUAUUUGCUAUUUCAGCUACUGCGAACUGUAACCGACGAGUGAGCGUGAGUCUUGAAGACCGAUGGGCAGACCGACCGCUAGUGCUACUGUCUGGCUCGGAUGAGCAGCGUGAUUGUAUUAUUCUAGAUUCAUAG